CUAGAGAUCAGCAGAAAACCUUCUGUCCUCACCAGACACUUCAAUCUGACUGUCUAUGCUGGUCUGCCUGUUCCUGUCAUCUCCAGAGUCUCUUCUCAAUGUUCUUCAUCAUCUUCAUCAUCAUGUUGUUGUGUGUUGUGUUCAGUGAUGAAUGUGUCACAUGAUGUGAGUGUCUCCUGGUACAAAGGAAAGAGUUUAUUGUCCAGCAUCAGUGUGUCUGAUCUCAACAUCAGACUCUCUCUACCUCUGGAGGUGGAAUAUCAGGAUACAAACACAUACAGAUGUGUGGUCAACAAUCCCAUCACAAACCUCACACAACAUCUACACAUCACUCAACUCUGUCACAUGUGUGCAGGUCUCACCUUCAUUCAUAAAGUUAUGAUCUGUUGUGCUGUUGUUGUAUUUCUGAUGAUUGUAACGACACUUCUGAUCUUCUUCAUCAGCAGGAAACACAGAAAAACAAAUAAAGAUUAUCAGACCGGUGAAGAUGAGAUCACUUAUGCACAACCAACCUUGUGUGAAAGAACAACACAUAAACCGGAGUCUGAGAUGACGGAGGUGCUUUACACAUAUUACAGCAUUUCAACUAAUUAAAUUAAAAUCAAAUUGACUGAAUUCAGUGUUUAAAACAGAGAUGUAUUUGACUUUUCAUUCACUAUUAAUAUCAUUUCUAUCAUUAAACCCACACAAGUACAUGUUUGAUUGAAAUGCAGUUGUGUGUUGUGUUAUGAUGACCUCUAGUGGUGAGAUGAUGAAACUGAUGUCUGAUAUCUGGAGACUGUGGGUCACCUAAUAAAACCUGUCCAGAUUAAAA